GUGUGUGUGUGUGUGUGUGUGUGUGUGUGUCAAACCCGGUAUAUAUAUGGUAUGUCGAAGCAAAAAUGGAUGAAUUUUAGAGAACUUUCUGUGACAACUUCUAUUCUUUCUUCUCAGCUCAAAAAUGUAAUCAGGCAUAUGUAACAAAAAGUAUAGAAAAUAACAAUUUGCUAAGAACAGUUUUAGUUUAAAGCUUCGUAUUAUUAAAUGAUUGGCUUGUAAUUAACUAUAAUUUUAUUCAUAAUUGAAAUAAAUAAUUGUUGUCUAUUAUUAAUUUUCAAACGUUUUCGAACGUUGUAUUGUAACGAGAAGAAUGGCUUCUUCCAAAACUCAAAACAUGUGGAUGACAAUGGAGGAAGAAGAUCAGGCGAUGAUGUCAAUAUGGCCGGACAUUAUUCGCGAUAUUACGGAAGUGCCUAGGAAUUUAAACAUUCCUGAUGUUGAUAAAUGGUUGGAAAAAGUAUUAGAAUAUAAUAUUCCAAAAUCAAAAAAAUUGUAUAGCCUAUCAGUAGUCUAUGCUUAUAAAUCGUUAGUACCUGAGGAACAACAAACAGAAGAUAAUAUUCGCUUAGUACGAGUUUUAGCAUGGUGUUUGGAAUUGGCCUCAUGCUAUUUACUUUUAAUCGACGACAUCCUAGAUGAAUCGUUACUUCGUCGAAACAAGCCAUGUUGGCAUCGAUACAAUAAUAUUGGUGUAAUGGCAGUCAAUGAUGGUUUCUUAUUAGAGAGUGCUAUAUAUUAUCUACUUAAAAAAUAUUUUAAAGAAAAAGAAUGUUAUAUUAAUUUGGUGGAAGCAUUCCAAGAGGUUAUAUUCAUGACAAAUCUAGCUCAGUGUUUAGAUAUGCACUCGACCAAAUUCAAGAAGCCUAAUGGCUUAACAAAUCUGGAUCUAUUUACAAUAAAUCGAUGUACUUUACUUUCCAAACAUAAAGCAUUUAUGACAUCUACAUCAAUAGUCGCAGCAAUGCAUUUUGCUGGAAUAAAAGAUCCAGAGAUGUUCAAAGAAGCAAAAAACAUCUCGUUAGACAUUGGGUUAUUAAUACAAGAUCAAGACGAUUAUUUAGACUGCUAUGAGAAUUAUGAAAAUUUCCUAAAAUUAAGUACUGAUAUAGAAGAAGGAAAAUGUACAUGGGGAAUUGUUACGGCUCUUCAACACGUUACUCCAGAACAGCGUAAAAUUUUAGAAGAAUGUUAUGGAGUUUCGGAUCCAGAAAAAGUGAGACGCGUGAAACAGCUUUUCACUGAUAUAGAUUUGCCAAACAUUUAUUCUAAACACGAAAAAGAGACAUAUAAUAAAAUACAUGAACGAAUACAGCAAAUAUCAUGUGGACUUCCACGCAAAUAUUUCUUCGAUUUAUUAGAGAAGCUUUAUCACAGGAAGGAAUGUUGUUUUUAAAUUGUUAAUUCAAAAAUUUUUUUGGAGGAAGGGUUCAACAUAGAUUAUUUAGGGUGGAAUAGUCCAUUUUCUUAUGUUCACACAAGUAAGAAGUCUUUGUUUUAAUUAAAGCUCGCAGAAAAUGAUAAAUAUUUUGUGGUUCUCUCUAUGUCAGUGAUACAUAAUAAGAUACGCUAUCAUAGAAGAAACAUUUUUACUGUACACGUUAAUAUUCCUUUAUAUUGCAUUUUAUCGUAAUACUUGUAUUAUAAUAGGUGGUGCUUAAUUUGGCGUUUAUCAUGUUUGUAAGCAUUAUUUAUUCUUGUUUAAUUUUUGACACAAAAAAAUUUUAUAUCAAAUAUUAUUAUCUACAAUAGUAACUACAGACCGUAAGAUAAUAUUUCAGAGAAUUAAACCAUAAAUAGUGUAGCAGUUUGAUGAAAUUUGUACUAUUAAAUGUAUUUGAUGUAAUUUUUUAUAAAAAAUAAAACUAUGCUUAAAAAAACGUAUGUAUAUUUUGAUCUAUCACAUAGCAAUCGCCAUAUAAUAAUACUUUACUAAUAAUAGAAAACCUUGAUCAGUAGUUUAUAUAUUGAUGUGUUGAAAAAAUUACAUCAAAUACAUUUAAUAGUACAAAUUAUUAUGGUAAAUAGUAAGCGCGGAUCAAGGAAAAAUUAUUAAUAUUUUUAUGAUAAAAAAUGUUUGGCUCAGUUUGUAUCGUAGCUAUGACUAGUUUUACAUGGUGCAACAUUGUAAUAUAUACACUGACAAAGUGUAAAAAUA